CUCCUCUCCUCAGCAUCAUCAUCGGCCGGCCGAGGAGCUCCACGGGCCACACACACGCGACACGACCGCGACCACGUACGCACCACAGCAGAUCCAUCGACCGACGAAGCAGGAAGAAGAAGAGAGAUAAUAAAAGGGAAGAACCGAAGAAGGGUGGGUGUGUGCGAAAAAAGGCGAGCAAAGACCCAGCCUUUGUUCGUGUUUGACCCUGCGAAGGCUCGGCACGGCAAGCUCGCCUCCCCCGCCGUCGCCGGCAGCAAUGGCGGCCGCCUCGGAGGAGGCCAUCAAGCAGUUCUGCGCGCUGAUGGAGCUACUGGAGGAGCCGCUCAAGAACACAUUCCAGCAUGUACAUCAAGGAUACCCCAGAGGGACUCUGGUGCGUUUUCUAAAGGCUCGAGAGUGGAAUGUUCCCAAAGCACAUAAAAUGUUAAUGGAUUGCUUAAAUUGGAGGAUACAAAAUGGGAUUGACAGUGUUCUGGCUAAACCUAUAGUCCCCUCUGAUUUAUACAGAGCUAUUCGAGAUACACUACUAGUUGGAUUGACAGGAUACUCCAAGCAGGGACAACCUGUCUAUGCAUUUGGUGUUGGGCUCAGUACCCUCGACAAAGCAUCGGUGCACUAUUAUGUGCAAUCACACAUACAGAUGAAUGAAUAUCGAGACCGCGUUGUACUGCCGAAAGCCUCCAAGAUGUUCGGGAAACAGAUUAACACCUGCUUAAAGGUUAUGGAUAUGACGGGCCUGAAGCUUUCUGCUUUGAACCAAAUAAAGAUGUUAUCUACAAUAACUGCCAUUGAUGACCUUAAUUAUCCUGAAAAAACAGAGACCUAUUUUAUUGUCAAUGCUCCAUAUGUUUUUUCAGCAUGUUGGAAGGUUGUGAAGCCUCUAUUACAAGAAAGAACAAAAAAGAAAAUUAAAGUCCUGUAUGGCUCAGGAAGAGAUGAGCUACUAAAGGUUAUGGACUACGAGACACUCCCACACUUUUGCAAGAGAGAAGGAUCAGGUUCAUCAAACGAUUCGUCGGAUGGAGUUGAUUGCUACUCCUAUGAUCACCCUUUCCACCAGGAGCUGUACAAUUACAUCAAACAGCAAUCUCUAAAUCAGGAUUUCAUUGGUCCCAUGAAGCAAGGUUCAAUGCACGUGGAUGUGCCCACACCGGACCUGGAGGAGGCCAAGAUCGUAGAGACGAUCAAAUCGGAGCUCCACAAUUUCGGUGGAGCCAAUGGCCUCUCCCAUUCAUUCAACAGGAUCAAGAUUGAUGGUCCAUGAUUGAUGUUGCCUGUGAUUGCGAUCGUACCUCGUGACGGAGACGGCCAUCUGGGGAGGUAUUCUGUUUAUCUGCAACCUCAGGAACAUAUGCUGGGGUUUAUAGCAGUUCUUGCUUGCAAUCUCUAGCAGUGUCUAGCUGCAAGCUUGACUAGGAUCACGAGUAGAGAGAGAGGUUAAUUAGUAAUUAAUAUGCGAUUCUAAUAACCGAGAUCUGUAUUAUUAUCUGAAAUUGUAGCCAGUUCUUUUUUCUAAUUAACCUAGGCCCUGUUAUCAUCCACAACACGUUACUGUUUCAGUGCUUAUGGCAGCUGGAAAGGAAAUGUGAUGUUUUCCAGUCCAUCUGAGGAAGUUGCUGUCCAAUAUAUGUAACACUGUAUGUAUAGCUCUAGCUGCCUUUUGUGCAGUGGUAUAUAAUCAAGUGUUGUACCCACUGCUAAGAAUGAAAUCAUCUGCAUGUUUCAUUUCACUUAAUGCAGUGAAGUUU